AUGUCCACCACCACCAACCCCACAAUCCUCCUCCUCGGAACCUUCGACACCAAAUACCCCGAACUAACCUACACUCGGCAAGCCAUCCUCACCCAAAACCCUUCUUCCACCAUCCUCCUCCUAGACGUCAGCCGCAUCCCUCCACCCUCAUCCACCACCCCCGAGAUCGACCUCACAAUCCCCCAAACUCACCCUACCACCAACAAACCCCUAAGCCACCUUCCACGAGCCGAAUACAUAAAGUUCGCGUCGGAAAGCGCCACAAAAAUCGUCCGAGAUUUCUACAGCCAGGACAAAAUCCACGGGAUAAUCUCGCUGGGAGGAAGCUGUGGAACGAACAUCGCCACGGCGGCUAUGCGGAAUGCGCUUCCCGUGGGGUUUCCGAAGGUUAUGGUAUCGACGAUGGCGAGCGGGGAUGUGAAGCCGUAUGUUGAGGAGACGGAUAUUACGAUGAUGUACAGUGUUGUUGAUAUUGCGGGGCGGAAUUGGAUAUUGGAGGGGAUAUUGCGGAAUGCGGGGGUUGCGGUGGGGGCGAUGGCUCUUGGGUAUCUUGGGCAGAAGAGGGCGGCGGGUAGUGGUGGUGUUGGAGGAGGGGAGGGGGAAAUGAAGAAGAGGGUGGGGAUUACGAUGUUUGGGGUUACGACGCCGGGCGUGGAUUGUAUACGGAAACGUUUGGAGGAGGGCUAUGGGUGGGAGGUGUAUGUGUUUCAUGCGACGGGGGCUGGGGGGAAGGCGAUGGAGAGGUUGGUGCGGGAGGGGAUGUUGGAUGCUGUUGUGGAUUUGACGACGAGUGAGGUUGUCGAUGAAGUUAUGGGGGGUGUGCUUUCUGCGGGGCCGGAGAGGUUGGUUGCUGCUGCGCGGGCGGGCAUUCCGCAGGUUGUCAGUGUGGGGGCGUGUGAUAUGGUCAAUUUUGGACCGCCGGACACCGUUCCCCCGCGGUACCAGGGGCGGUUGAGCUAUGAGCAUAAUCCGACGGUUACGUUGGUGAGACCCAAUGCAGAGGAGACGCGCCAGAUUGCCAGGUUUAUUGCGGAGAAGUUGAGGGCGUGUGCGGCGCCGGAGUUGAUUCGUUUGGUCUUGCCUACGGGUGGUAUUAGUAUGAUUGAUACACCGGGCCAGCCGUUUCAUGAUCCGGAGGUUGAUGAGGUCUUGUUCUCUACGUUGGAGAAGGAGCUGGACGGAAGUGGUAUCUCAAUUGUCAGAGAUCCGAGGGAUAUCAACGACCCGGAGUUUGCGGUCAGCGUGGCGGACAUGAUGGCUAGACUGAUGAAGUCUCUAUAA